AUGGUAAAAUCAAAAGAACACGUUCAAUCGUGGCUUAUUAAAAUUGGCUUCGAGGACUAUUGCCAGUGUUUUAAAGGUAUGUUUUCAUUUGAAAGCGCAUGAUAUCAUAUUUUCAGUUGGUCGCCGACAAACAGAGUUUGGCGUUUACAUGCACGUUUUGCAAGUACGCGACGCUGUUUUUCGAUUUAAUUUACAGGUAACGUUCAUCCUGUUUAAAAUAUUUAGUUACGCUGUAAUAUAUUGGGUUAUUGUGUCUACAUAUAUUCUAACUUUCCUUCAUUGCUCUAUUUCCUCUCGCGCCACGCCAGGGUGCUCGUCGCGUUUUUCGGUGUGUGUUUGGCCUUAUAAAUGACUCAAAAUAACACCAUAUCGACCUGAAAAUUUCCCCACAUACUUACGUAACAUUUACUUUUAAAGUUUAUUACAAAAUAUAGAAUAUGGUGUUUGUGCGCAAAAUCCUUUCUUUAAUCAAGUUGCCUCGCUGGUCGCCUGUUUGACUGUUCGGUAAAAUUAAGUUUUGUGAGUUCAGUCUCAGAUGACAACAAUUUAUUUUUUAGAUAAUAUGAUUGAUGGACAUGCCCUUAUAGGUCUCACUGAACGAGCAUUACAAUUGUUAGUUCCACCAAUAGGGCCACGAAUGAAUUUCUUACAAAAACUGGAUGAGCUUAAAAAACUCAACUGCCAACCCCAAACGCACAAACCUUUGGAGGCUACAACACCUCCGGCUACACUCAUUAUUGAAGAUGACGUAAAUAAUCCUGACAACCAGUGCACAUCCACAGCAAUGCAAGAACAGCCUAGAAGCCCAACGGCAACACCAGAAUCUGAAGGAUCAAGGUUGGUUUUACUUUCAUCUGUUUGAGUGUUAAUUACAGCAAUAGCACAGUGGUUUCUGCCUGAAAGUAUAAUUCUAGAAGUUUUACGUCUUGAAUAUUGUCAUUGCGCAUUGGGUUUUUUCAACCAGCUUUUGUCUUAGCCUAAUCCUCUUAGGGGGGAUGCUAUGUUGUAGAUGUAUAUCUAUCUUCUGUAAUGAUGAUUAUAAUGGUCAAGAGAAAACUAAGAAAUAGCCAAUAGGAUUAUAUAGGUAAUAUUAUAGUGUGUUUUCUAAUGCAAUUCAGUUUACAAGGGUACUAUAUAUUUACUGUAUUCUAUUAUUUCUACUCAUUUUAACCAAAAAUUAGAAAUGAAAUAACUGAAAACAUGCAGUUUGUAAUUGGCAACAAACUUAAAUAACAGUACAGUUUGUCUUGAAUUUUUGACCUCAGUAUUGCUGUGUUUCAGCUUUUGUGUAAGGCCGGCACUUGUCGCCUUUAACCAAUAGCUCACUCAGGUGGCACAUUCCAGAGCCGCCUGUCAGUGAGAACUACUGAGACAGAAUUUAAGGCUUGUAUACAUUCAUGUUGAUGCAGUUUUCUGUUGUUGUGUAAGGCGGUUAUGCUGCCUUUUACCAGCACCUCUUUUGAGUGGCAUGUGAAAGCAAGCCGCUCAUGAAAGGGGAGAUGCAUGGCUGUAUACCUUCUGUGCUAAUGAUUUUUAACUUUUCCUGCUCGAAAUAGAGCAACUGCAUGGUUUGCAAGGGUACUAUUUAUUUACUGUAUUCUGUUAUUUCUACUCAUUUUAACCAAAAAUUAGAAAUAAAAUAACUGAAAACAUGCAGAUUGUAUUAGGCAACAAACUGAAUAACAGUACAGUUUGUCUUGAAUUUUGACCUCAGUAUUGCUGUUUUUCAGCUUUUGUGUAAGGCCGGCACUUGCCGCCUUUAACCAAUAGCUCACUCAGGUGGCACAUUCCAGAGCCGCCUGUCAGUGAGAACUACUGAGACAGAAUUUAAGGCUUGUAUACAUUCAUGUCGAUGCAGUUUUCUGUUGUUGUGUAAGGCAGUUAUGCUGCCUUUUACCAGCACCUCUUUUGAGUGGCAUGUGAAAGCAAGCCGCUCAUGAAAGUGGAGAUGCAUGGCUGUAUACCUUCUGUGCUAAUGAUUUUUAAUUUUUCCUGCUCAAAAUAGAGCAACUGGUUUGCAAGGGUACUAUUUAUUUACUGUAUUCUAUUAUUUCUACUCAUUUUAACCAAAAUUUAGAAAUAAAAUAACUGAAAACAUGCAGUUUGUAAUAGGCAACAAACUUAAAUAACAGUACAGUUUGUCUUGAAUUUUGACCUCAGUAUUGCUGUUUUUCAGCUUUUGUGUAAGGCCGGCACUUGCCGCCUUUAACCAAUAGCUCACUCAGGUGGCACAUUCCAGAGCCGCCUGUCAGUGAGAACUACUGAGACAGAAUUUAAGGCUUGUAUACAUUCAUGCUGAUGCAGAUUUCUGUUGUUGUGUAAGGCAGUUAUGCUGCCUUUUACCAGCACCUCUUUUGAGUGGCAUGUGAAAGCAAGCCGCUCAUGAAAGGGGAGAUGCAUGGCUGUAUACCUUCUGUGCUAAUGAUUUUUAAUUUUUCCUGCUCAAAAUAGAGCAACUGGUUUGCAAGGGUACUAUUUAUUUACUGUAUUCUAUUAUUUCUACUCAUUUUAACCAAAAUUUAGAAAUAAAAUGACUGAAAACAUGCAGUUUGUAAUUGGCAACAAACUUAAAUAACAGUACAGUUUGUCUUGAAUUUUGACCUCAGUAUUGCUGUUUUUCAGCUUUUGUGUAAGGCCGGCACUUGCCGCCGAUUUGAGGCUUGUAUACAUUCAUGUUGAUGCAGUUUCCUGUUGUUGUGACAGUUGUGUAUGCCGCCUUUAACCUGCAUGUUAAAACCAGCUGCUCAUGAAAGGGGAUGCAAUUAGAUGUAUACCUUUUCAUUCUGCACUGAUGAUUUUUUUCCACCUUUGAGCAACAAAUCACUCAGGUUCAUGGCACUUGUUUGAGACACCUGAAUAGCUCCCCAGAAUAGCUCCCCGACAAAACAACAACACUUUUAUCAGAACCUCUUUAACAUGGUUGAGAAGAUAAUAGGCUCCCAUGGGAAGAGAUGGAAACUAUAAAUGGCAUACAUGGGAAGAGAUGGAAACUAUCAACAGUAAGUUUAAUCAUAUGGUUUAAUGUGCCACCUAUAUGGUAAAAUACAGCAUUAAGAAACUAUACAUGCUACGAUUAAACAGAAUAUUAAUUACCUAAAUGUUUAUUUACUUUGUUUUAGACGAAACUCUGGAUAUUGCAAUGCUGGUUUUGCCAUUGCUCCAGAAGCUGAAAGCAGGAAAGGGUUGUCAGAGCGACUUUGUGCAAUAUAUCCCU